AAUAAAUAUAAAACUUUAUUUUUAGAGUCACAACUUUAUAAAAUAGUUAAAGACGAUAAAUGGUAGAAAACAAUGGCCAACGUUUACUUAUAAGGAAAUAAUAAAUAUUUAAACUAAGCGAUUGCGAAGUCAUUUAAUUAAUGUAAAUAAUCCUUAAGGCCUUGUCUUGUUUGAGAAAACUCCCAAGAAAUUUCCAUGCAAGCAGAAGCUUUAAAGAACAUCCAGUGGCCGUGUUGAAGGAAGCACCAUGGAUCAUAUAAAAAAACAAAUAAAAGAAACACACCCGAUUCUUAAGGCAAACGUUGUUUCUUUGAUUACAUUUUUUUACACAGUAAAGUUGUUCAGGAAGGGUGCUAAACGUGAGUUGGAGGAGGAAGACUUAUACGAGGUUUUACCCAAGUACAAAUCUGAUAGAUUAGGAGAUGAGUUUGAAAGAGAAUGGGAAAAACAAAAAUCAAAACGGGACAGAAACUCAAUUUUGCGACUAUUAUGGGCUUGCUAUGGGAAAGAAAUUUUUUUCUUGGGGGUGUCACAGUUGGCAGUUAAAACACUGAUGAUAUUCAUUCAACCUCAUGCCUUGAGUAAAAUAAUCAGUUAUUUUAACCCAAACCAAACUGAAAUGACCAAAAACGAUCUAUAUUUUUACGCUGGCCUUUUAGUUGUUUCCAAUAUAUUCGACUGCAUUUACUCCCACAAUUACCAUCUAGCCGUCACCACACUUGGUGUUCGGAUUCGAACAGCAUUUUGCUCUUUUAUCUACCGAAAAGCCCUAAAACUGAGUCCUUCCAGACUCGGAGACAUAUCAGUCGGAAAAAUCAUCAACCUUAUCACCAAAGAUGUUCACGCUUUAGAACGAUUUUCGUAUUUGGCCAACGACCUGUGGAUUGCAAUUCUCAAAACAAUCAUAGUUUCGUUCAUCAUUUACAGGAAACUUUAUUUGGCUACUUUUGCAGGAGUUGGAUUUUUCCUAAUCAUAUUGCCCAUACAAAUUUAUAUGGGGACAUGGGCAGCCAAAUUACGCAUGAAAAUGUGCAAAAAAGUCGACGAGCGAUUGCAAGCAACUCAAGAAACUCUAUCAGCAAUUAAGAUUAUUAAAAUGUACACUUGGGAGAAGUUUUUUACUAAUAAGGUCAUCGAAACCAGAAUUAAAGAAAUAAGGAGUAUGCACCUAAUUUUUUACCUGAAGUUUUUUUUGUUACAAAUUGGUGUUUUGAACGGAAACAUUGCUUUUUACCUUCUCAUUAUGACUUAUAAAUGGUUGGGAAAUCACAUAACUGCUGAAAUAGUCUACUUUAUUGAUAGCUUGUUCCACAUUUUGACACACACAUUAGGAAUACGUUUCCCAUCUGCUAUUUCACAAAUAGCAGAAACUACAGCUUCUGUUAAAAGAAUUGGAAACGUGCUGAAAGCACUGGAGUUGCAAGAAGCUUCAGACGAAAAUAAUCUAAUCAUCAAGCCUAAAAUCACUUUAAAAAAUCUUGAUGUUAUCUUCAAGGACACACAUAUUCUUCAUUCCAUCGAUCUAGACAUCGAUUUAGGAGUCACUCUAAUAACAGGACCUGUUGGAAGUGGCAAAAGCUUUCUCCUGAAAACUAUUCUAAGGGAAUACGAACCUACCAAUGGUAGUGUAGUGACCCAAGGACGCAUUUCUUACGCUUCUCAAGACCCUUGGCUUUUUCCGUCUUCAAUCAAACAAAAUAUUUUAUUUGGGGAAAAAUACGACGAAGCUAGAUACCAAGAAGUGUUGAAAGUUUGUGCUUUGAUUUACGACUUUGAGUUGUUGGUAGACGGCGAUAAUACCAUUGUUGAAGAUCGUGGUAACAACUUGAGCAAAGGACAACAAGCCCGAGUCAAUUUAGCUCGUGCUGUCUACCGAGAAAGUGAAAUUUACCUCCUCGAUGACUGUUUAUCAGCUCUUGAUAGUCAAGUCAGCGACUAUAUUUUCAAAGAAUGUAUUUUAAAAUUCCUCCAGAACAAAUUAGUUGUGUUUGUUAGCCAUAAUGUGAGUCAUCUGAAAGAAGUCGAUAAUGUUAUAGUGAUGCGACAUGGAGCUAUCCUGUCUCAUGCCAAAUCCACCGAAAUUUCAGAAAAAGAAAUUUUGGAAGAAAUCUGCGAGGAAGAUGAAAAAGAAUUGUGCGAGGAUGAUAAUGAAGACGAAUCAAAUGAAGAAAGUAAAUUAAUAACUGAGACGACAAGAGAACGAAAAGUGUAUCAAGAAGUUAAAAAGAAAGGUGCCGUUGAUUUAGAAGUUUACAAGAAAUAUCUGCAUUAUGGAGGAGGCAUUUUUGCUUUCCUUCUUGUUAUUGCUAUUUAUGGCAUUUCGCAAUUUGUUCAAAGUUAUUCCGACAAAUUAGUCAGUAAAUGGGUCAACAUUGAGCAAAAAUUAGCCAAUUUCACCCUCUACAACAUUACUAACACCACUAAUGAAACUGAAGAAGAAACAAUAGAAAAACGCGACUACAUUGUAAAAAUGUUCACAGCAAUGAUCAUUUUAAGCACAGUUUUUAAUCUGAGCCGAUCCUUUGGAUUCUACAGUGUGAUCAAAAAAGCUUCACUAAAUUUGCAUAAACACAUGAUCACGCAUAUGGUCAAUGCCACAAUGUCUUUUUUUGAUACCAAUUUCAUUGGUAACAUUUUAAACAGAUUUUCGAAAGAUUUGACAAUCAUAGACGAACACCUUCCUUUCAUUUACCACCAAGUUUUUAGGACUUUUUUUGUAAUUACUGGAAUAAUGACACUUAUAGCAACAGUUAACACAUUUUUCCUUAUCCCAACUUUUUUCUUCUUCGGAUUAUUGAUGGUGAUUCGUGCAUAUUACCUUCGCACAGCCCGAAGCUUAAAAAGAUUGGAUGCUACAACUAGAAGUCCCGUGGUUGGUCAUCUCAAUGCAACCCUUGAAGGUCUAACAACAAUCAGAGCUUUCAAAGCUGAAGAAAUCCUAAGACAUGAGUAUGACCGUCACCAAGAUUUGUACACUUCAGCGUCUUAUAUCUCUUAUUCCUCCAUGAGAGCUUACGCCUUUUUCUUGGACAUCCUAUGUGUUAUUUUUAUUGCGUCAAUAAUUUCAAAAUUUAUUUUUUUCGACGAUGAUAUACUAGCCGGUGAUGUUGGCCUGGCUAUAUCCCAAGCUUUGAGAAUGACCGGAACUCUGCAGUGGGGAGUAAGGAUUUGGUCCGAAAUGGAAAACUCAAUGACUUCAGUUGAACGAGUCCUGGAAUAUACUGAAGUCAAACAGGAAACUAAACAAGGACAAGUCCUAGAAAACUGGCCUGAAAGUGGAGAAGUGAAAUACGAGAAAGUUUACUUGUCUUAUAACAACACGGACGAAUAUGUCCUGAAAAACGUGAAUUUUACAGCAAACCCACAGGAAAAAAUUGGAAUUGUUGGACGAACUGGUGCUGGAAAAUCCUCGAUAAUAUCAACACUUUUCCGGUUGUACGAAGUCGACGGGAAAAUCACAAUCGACGGUGUUGAUACAAAAACCCUAGCUUUGGACUUCUUGAGGAAACAUGUUUCUAUUAUUCCGCAAGAUCCCGUCCUGUUUUCGGGAACAAUUCGCGAAAAUAUCGAUCCUGAAGGAAUUUACUCAGAUGAAGAUAUUUGGAAGGCGAUUGAAACGGCGCAUUUGAAGAAACUUGUUCCAAGUUUAGAUUACGAAAUCGCUGAAAAUAGUUCGAACUUUAGUGUUGGCCAAAGACAGUUGGUUUGUUUAGCUAGAGCACUCGUUCGAAAUAAUAAAAUUAUCGUAUUGGACGAAGCAACAGCUAACAUGGAUCCUGAAACUGAUGCUUUGAUACAUCAAACCAUACAUGAGAACUUUUCUUCUUGUACUGUUUUUACAAUAGCGCACAAGAUUCACUCGAUACUGAAUUCUGACAAAAUUAUUGUCAUGGAUAAAGGGGAGAUUAUUGAAUACGAUGAUCCACUAAGUUUGAUGCAAAAUACGGAAGGCGUUUUUUACAAAUUGGUGAAAAAGUCUGGAUUAUUACCCUCAAAUUUAUCGUAAUAUUAUUAUCUACUGAUAUUUAUCAAUUACGGUGCGUUACGGAAGUCAAAUACGAAUUUUCACAAACUGUCAUUUUAGAAGUAACAGAAAUAAGAGCAAAGCACCAAAAAAGAUAUAUGCAUGUGUAUUGUAAAAAUGUUUCAUUGUUAUCUAAGUUUAAAUAAAGUGUUUUUUUAUCA